AAAGUCUCCGCUUUGCUUAACACCCAUCUCUGCUGAAGGAGCGGAGGGGCAGAGCGGAGGGACCCCGGUCGUUUUUCAAUGCUGGGGAGCCGGGAAGCAGGACCCGCCGGAGGUGGGCAGGUGGCCGCGGCCGGCGGACCGCCAAGCCGGGAUCAGGAGACCCUUCCCGGCCGCGCAGGGUGUCGCCUCACCGGCCUGGUCAGCUGGAGGCGGAGACCAUGCAGGACUUCAGCCCUGUUUGCUGCAGCCAACGCGAUGUUCGGGUUUGUGGCCUUUGACUCGUUUCGGGCCUACACCCUCCUGGCUUUCCUCCUGGCCCUGCUGGUCAUCACGGUCACCACCCGAGAUGUAAUUCGGUCCAGAUCCGCAGGAGCUCAGUUAUGGCACAGCAUGACAACAAGGUAA